AAACAGAAGUACCUCUACCUGCAGAAGAAGCCACCCCUGCAGAAGUUACUACAGAGUUCGAAAACCAUCCUAGUACCAAUGACCUUACUUUAUUGGUAAAUGAUCUGAAACAGACACCUGCCCCAACAACCCGGACUAUAACUAAUCCUUUUUCCGGAGGAACAUGGAAAGACCAA